UUUUGUCAUAUCAUAAUGCGGACUUUUUUUUCAUUAUUACUAGUAGAUACAUGUCAACGACUUCAGCCUCAACAAUUGCGGCGAAUAGUGAUUCAUCAUCAAUAUCAUCACUAUCCGCUUUAUCACAAAAUUCAGAAAGCGAAAUUGAAAGAAUUUCGCGUAUCAGAAAAUUAUUUGAGGAAUUGGAUUAUGAUAAAACUGGUGUUUUAGAACGCAAAAAUAUUUUAAAAGGACUUAAUAGAUUGAAAAAUCAUCCUUCAAAGAAGAAAUAUGCUUCAGAAUUGUUACAGAGAUGUGAUGUAUCAUCGGAUGGUGUAGUGGAUUUUAAUGAAUUUAAAGCUUUCGUCGAGGAAAAAGAAAAAGAAUUAUUCAAAUUAUUUUUAGAAAUCGACAAAUCAAAUGAUAUGAAGUUACAACCUGAAGAAUUAGAGAUCGCAUUAAGAAAAUCUGGCAUUAAUUGUACACAGGCUGAACUAAAGAGAUUCAUUAAUACUAUGGAUAAAGAUCAAAAUGGUGUUAUUGAUUUCUCUGAAUGGAGAGAUUUUCUUUUGCUUCUUCCUCGGGAAACAACAAUGUCAGAAAUUUUCGAAUACUAUAAAGUCAUAGCCCAAGUUAGUAUGGAUGGCGAAGUAAUAAUACCACCAACUGAUCCAAAAUAUCUUCUCGCUGGUGCGAUAGCUGGUGCAGUAAGUCGUACUGCAACAGCUCCAUUUGAUAGACUUAAAGUUUAUCUUCAAAUUCAAACCAUAUCGCCUCAACUUCUUACGAAUACAGUCAAAAACAUGAUUGUUCAAAGUGAAACGCAAGCAUCAAAAAGAUUAGUGUCCCCCGCAUCUAAUAGUAUUACUAAUGCUAUAAAAAGCAUAUAUUUAAGUGGGGGAUUAGUUAAUUUUUUUCGUGGUAAUGGAUUAAAUGUUGCAAAAAUUGCACCAGAAAGUGCAAUAAAAUUCUUUGCUUAUGAACAAUCUAAGGUUGCUGUUGCAAACCUAAUGGGAGCAAAGGAUACUGAUUCGAUAGGAAUGUCUGGACGUUUCCUUUCAGGUGGUCUUGGUGGUGUUAUAUCGCAGUUUGUUAUAUAUCCUUUAGAAACAAUGAAAACUCGUAUUAUGAGUUCAUCAGGUUUAUCAUUAAAUACCUCACCUGGUGGAAGUGUUUUUCUAAAAACAGCGAGUGAGAUGUGGAAAACACAAGGACUUCGUUCAUUUUAUAAAGGAUUAUUACCGGCCUUAAUUGGUGUUUUUCCUUAUGCUGCAGUGGACAUGAGUGUUUAUGAAGGUCUUAAAUUGGCUUAUAUUAAUCAUGAAAAAACUCUUCAUAAUGAAAAGGCAUCGAGUGUUUUUGUUUCUUUAGGUUGCGGUAUGAUUUCAGGAUCUAUUGGCGCGUCUAUUGUAUAUCCUUUAGCGCUUGUGAGAACACGGUUACAAGCACAAGGAACCCCUGGACAUCCACAAACUUAUACCGGAGCAUUUGAUGUAAUUAAAAAAACUUAUAGUAAUGAAAGAUUACGUGGUUUUUACAAAGGGUUGGUACCAGCAUUAGUGAAGGUUGUGCCUGCAGCAGCGAUUACAUAUAUGGUUUAUGAUAAAACUAAAAGUAAAUUAGAAUUAAAAUAAAUUAUAGACACUAUCACACUAAAGAUAAUAAAUAAUUAUUUAUUCUUAAUAUAUUGAUCGAUUUUCCCGAUCACUCCAAUAGAUGAUUGGUUUGGUUAUAAUUCAAAGUUUCUUGGUGUAAAAUACCAAAUACGUAUUUAUUAGUUUAAAUUUAAAAUUUGAUAAUUUAUCUUUUGCGCAUAUGCAUUUUAUCGUGGCUAUUAAUUAAUUUUUAGCUGAGGUUAAAAUUAGAGAAUAGAGUUAAGAUUUAUAGGGUUCAGGGUUAGGAAUAUUGUUACAUUUCUUAUAAGUUAAUUUCAAAAAAUAAACUGGGUUCAGUUGCUUUAAAACUAAUUCUAUAACUGAUAAUAUUUGAAAGAAAUCUAUCACAAAAAAUUAUAUAAUAACUAUUACGAGAACUUUGAUCAUGGAAGAUAAAUUUCUACGAAAGUUAAACUACCUGUAA